CGGGGGCGGUGGGCGUGGCCCCGGGGCGAUGGGCGUGGCCGGGGCGCGUGGCGGCGCGCGGGCGGGCGCGGCGAUGGCGGCGGCUCCGCGCUGGCGGGAGCGGCUCUUCGCGCUCUAUUUCCUCUCGCACAUCCCCAUCACGCUGCUCAUCGACCUCCAGCCGCUGCUGCCCGCCGGCCUCCACCCGCCCGCCCUGACGGAGCUGUUGCAGUGGUACGCAGCCUCCUUUAGAGACCCCAUGAUGCUCCAGCCCCCGGAGUGGUUUAAGGCGUUUAUAUAUUGCGAAGCUUUCUUACAAAUGCCUUUCUUCCCCGUCGCAGUCUACGCCUUCUUCAAAGGUGGCUGCAAAUGGAUACGGACUCCUGCCAUUAUCUACUCCACCCACGUAGCGACAACUCUGUUUGCCAUCCUGGCACAUAUCCUGUUCCACGAUUUCUCCACGUCUGAGCACGUGGGACCUCGGACGCAACGCGAGCGCCUAAUUCUGCUCUCGAUAUACGCGCCGUACUUGCUGAUACCACUUCUCAUUCUCUUCACCAUGCUCUUCCACCCCCAUUACAGCCACGUGGAGAAAAGGAAAAGGAAGUAGCCGGCUCUGAAGCACAACGCUUGUUCUGGGUUUGAUUCAGGGCCUGCGCUGCCGGAGUCUGGGACAAACACCUGCCUCGGGCUCUGACCGGAGCGUCUGGCUCCUGCAAGAUAAAUUGGAAUUGGUUUGAGUUUGCGGCUCUCCUUCAAUCAGAAAUUGCUCUGGCAGAUGCCGGUACCCGCAAUUCCACCUGGUUUCUGGGCGCGCGCCGGGGGAGAGACCUCGCUCCUCUCCCGCCGCCGGUUGUGCCCACCGUCCGGAAUGGGAACACAAACUGCCAACCACUUGAUGUGUAACUGCGUCACAGGGGGGGGAAACUGCAGCUGAGACUUUUCUUUCACAUUCCCUUUUUCCAAGAUGACUAUUAGAAAACCACUGAAUAAAAAAAAAUUGUCUUCCAAAAGCAUAUUCUGCAAAAUCCAUAACCGAUGAUACACAGCUUUGCAAAGCCAUGCUUUUGAUGCAUUUCAAAUUCUAUAAUUCUUAACUUCCUCGCCACUUCCUCUAAAAUUUCGCCUUCCUUUGCUCUGCUUCAGUUUUGAUUAAUUGCAAAUGUCUGAUCAGUGAUAAAUGUGCCAAAAAUCUGGAUUUCUGAAUGCUUAAAGUGAACUUUGUCUGACAACGAGGUGUCCUUCCUAGAGGAUUUCAAAGUACUUCAGGAAUUGUAAACAAGGAUUUGUAAAUUUCUCUCUUCUGUGAAAUCACUUCCAGUAUGGAAAUAAAUAACUAAACGCAUUAAACUGCAUUUAA